AUGGUGGCGAGGAUAAUGAAUCAGAAAGUACUUGAUGAUUGGAUGGAGAAAGAUAACGGCUAUGUGGAGUCUGUAAAGAACAAGUUGGGCGAAGAAAUUUCUCAAAACUUUCGUUGGCAAUCUUCCUUUAAAGAUCCGUUAUGGAAAACUGCGCUCAGAGAUCCUUUAUGGAAAAGUCAUGUCGCAUUGAUAUACGCGGCUCAAGAUGAGAAUAUGGUGGCAGAGGUCUGCAAUUCUCCGUUUAAAAUGAACCAGGUCCAAUUCAACAUGUUCCUUCACAAAAAUCGCAACACAUUUAAGCCAAUCGAUCCGAACGCGCCAUACUCAUUCAACGUUUUGAACACUACCAAAGAUGUUUUGAAAGUAGUUUCCGAGUUUCAAUUGACUUCUUGGUGGGAUUACAAUGUCACGAUGAUCUAUAAUGUGGAGUUCAAGUACCAGGUAAUCAACAAGCAAGGUUCCUACAAAAUCGUGCACAUCGUCGUCGGUGGUGGUUGUACUGAACAUGGAGUAGUCAACCAUGAAUACACAGAUGUUGGAGUACAGAAAGAGGCCCUUGAAGCUUUAAAACAAGAGAAUAAUCGACAUGUCCGUGCGCUUUUUUACAUCAUGUCACCGGGGGAAAUGAAGUAUUUGGAAACAGAUUAUGAGAUUCCGUCAAUCUGGUUGGAGGCAUUGGAGAAAGAUGAGGAGUUAUUAGAUGCGGGAGUGUGUAACCACAAUGAGGAAACCAAGCUGCCAAAAUAUACUGGACAAAUGAUAAAAUCCUGGUAUCGAAGGUUGAGUCAAAUGUGGAAGCCGCCAAAUAGAACUGAUACAGAUUAUGUGACAGUCCAAAUGUUGAGUGUACAUGACACCGAGAUGACUGCCAGAAUCACAAUGAGACUCGAAAUCGGAUUGAGAGAGAAUGCGACCAUUCAUGAAUGGAAUUUCAAGAUUCGGCUUUCCUUUAACAAACACGGAGACAAUCACUGGUACAUUACAAAGUUCCAUGCCCUCUGUCCUGCCACCAUCGACUACAUGCAAGAAUCUCUGAAACAUAUGCCUGAGCUGAUAACUGAAAACUUUUUGGAGGAGGUGCGUGGUCAACCGCCGCCGGUUUACUGGUACUCCUCCGUAGAUUUUAUUCAAAAGUUUUCAAUGAAUGGAUAUGUGGAGGCGAACAUUUGUGAAGCAAGAUAUGCAAAGAAUUUGACCCAAAUCCGUCUCACGAUGAUGCAUAAACAUUUUCUAGUCAACACUACUCUUGUGGGCUACAAUUUGAUUCCUUCCUCCAUCAAAUUCCCUGCCACCGAAUCCACCACUUUUCAAAUGGACACUGUGACAAAACCACCAAAAAAGGACGAUGGAUGGCUGUACAGCCAGAAGUGGACUUUUCAUCUGAAAUGGCACAACAGGGAUCAGUUUUACUAUAUUGAGAAACUUGAGUUGACGUGUCCGGAAAUUCUUGCGAGCGAGAACAUCUCAGUGACACCUGUAGAAGAUAUUGGACAACAGAAGCACGACGGGACAGAUUGCACCAGCGUUCAAGAUGCACGAGAUGUCUCCGUCCUCAUCCAAACUCGCCAACCCACAGAUUCCCACCACCAAAACCAUGUUACUACUGUAACAGCAUUGGAAAUCAUCACCGAAGUGUAUGCAGACUACGACCACAGUAAUAACCCAGGCAUCAGUCAGUCCAGUUGUAAUUCAGCUAUGUGA